ACACUCUUAAGACCCCUGCUGUUUUCAACGGUUCGCGAGGUGUUUACGCGAGAGAACGAUCGUUUAACGUUGUGUUGUGGGAUUGGCGUGCAGGAAGAAAACAAACCACCCCAGAAAGAUGAGCUUUAACACCUUUAUGCAGAUGACAAACAGUUGGGAGGCAGCUCGUGCUUCGCUAGGCUCCCUCUCUGGUAGCAAUAGUUCAACGAAGUCCAACACACAGCAGCAGCAGCCACAAACGAAGCAAAAGCAGCAUAAGUAUCUGCCAGCCUCCGGGACAGCUGCUGUUUCCACGGUAGUAGCAGCACCAUCCGAUGCUGUAGCCUAUGAUUAUUUCGAUACCACCUUCAAUGCCAAUGCCAUCGCUGAGCGGACCAACAGCCUCCGUCGGUUACGAAGGGCCGGCUAUGCCAACCGUAGCUUCAUGUACCACGGUGAAUAUCCGCUCGAGAUCAGAGACGAUGGCUACGGUGACGAUACCGGUGGUGGUGGUGGCCGGUUGCCGUACUUCGCCGAACCCACCUACCGCUCGCUUGAGUACGACCGAAGGCAACGUCGCCGGCACAGUGUCCAUCAGUUGGCCAACUUCAACCCAACCUCGAAGUUGGACGAUCUGAGACAACGGUUCGAUGAGUAUAACUCUUCGGCGGCUGUACCGAGGGGCGCGUACUACGGCUACUAUACGCUUGACCGGCACAAGAAACCGUCCCGGCAGGCGAUGACCAAUCCACUGCCACCGGUUGUGUAUGGAAAGGCUUUUUCCUUUGGGCAAAGUGCCCGUUACAGCGGGAGCAGAUCGCUGGAUCGAGUCCUGGUGGAAGAGGAGCGCGAACAGCGCAAGGGACCAAAAAGAGGGUCUCGCUCAUCGCAGGGUUCCACCGAUAGCAAUAAUAGUACACAUAGUGCAUCAUCCGGGUCGCUACUACUGACGGUAGCAAACCUUGAGAACUUUGCCAAAAUACACCGUAAAUCGACGGCCGGCAGUGGUUACUCUAAGCAUGACGGUGUCAGCGGAAAUCGCACGCUGGAACGGUAUCUCUCCUCGACGCUCGAUCUCGUUCCUCAUCAUCCCGGUACGAUCGGACGGCGAUCGCGCUACAACAGCAACAUACUGCUUCCGCACAGAUCCGUCGACGACGAGGACGACGACAAUGAGGAUGAGGACGAUGUCCACCCGGCUGAUCAUGCCGCCAUCGAUUACCGAAAGGAUGCACACCACAUUGUCGGCAGUACGAUCGUGCCCAUCGAUGAAAUUUCAAUCGACGAGGGCGAAGGCAGCGGAAAUGGAAGCGAGCGCCAGCUGCAACUUGCCGGACCUGGAACAGGAGCUGGGGCCAGUCUGGUAUCCCCAUUCCGAUCAUUGAAAGGGAAGGAUCCGGAUACGGUCUCCGUUGCCAGCUCGACCCACUUCACGAUGGUGAACGGGAUAGGCGGACCGCAGCGUGUGAUCAAAACCGGCAUCUGCUCCAGUGGCCAUCAGAUCACGAUAUUGAUCGUAACGAUGAGCAUCAUCUUCAUGAUCGGUAUUUGUUCGGCCGUUUUUCUGCUCGAAAUGCGGGCAAGAGAAAUGCCGAAAUGACAAUGCUUUCCGCGACAACCAGCAGAGAAGAGAUCGGAGAGCCCAUCGAUUGCAUUCGGAAUACAUUUAGCAUUCGAAACUGAUAGAAUUAAGCGUUACCGCCUUGCAACAGCGUGUUGUUGCCAUAUGGAGUAUAGUUUCCACGUUAAGAUGUUUCAUUAGCUGCUAACUCCCUAAUCAUUCAACAAUACGAACUGCGAACGAUCCGUAUAACACGAUCGAUUUUACAACACCAUUUUAACUCGACAAGUGUACUUGAAACAUAGUCCUGAUAUCAUUAAUGAUUUCAUGGCCCUGUUAGCCGGCGUUAUAACGAAACGCGUAGCAACCGGGAUGAUUUUUGACCGAAAGCAAGCGAAAAUACUACGCACACCCGGAAGACGAGGGUUUCAUUAUUAUAGAAAUGAGCUAAAGCUCAUAGAUUAUAGAUAGAAAAAGAAGGAACGAGCUAUCCUGCGGCUUACAAAUGCAAAACCUACUUUUCACACAGCAGCACAGCAGAUAGAAACAUAUUAAUAUUCAAUAACCAAACCUUCUUUUAAGCAUUCAGCUUUCUCCUAGCUGCAGAUGACCCUACUACACUGAUCGCCGUUUUUUUUCACUGAUUCAGUUCUGUGAUAUUUAUUAAAUUAUUUAAAUUAUGUCAAACAGAUAA